CGUUCAGCACCACGCGGAGCCCGGACCCGCCGGACCCACCGUUGCCGGUUUAUUGCAGAUGCAGAAAGAACAUCAGAGCCUGUUACUGUAUUGUAAGGACGUAUGCUGAGACACAGCUUUACAUAAUCAGGAUGUCAAGUAGAGCUAGCAAUGUAGGACACCAAUGGGCUGCCUGAGGAUGCAUCGCCCCUUGACCUGGCUAUGAUCAUCUCAAGGGUGCCACAAACCCACCUCACCGUCCCCGUGCCACCCCACCAGGCUCUGGACCUGACACCUCCGUGCCCUCCUCCGGUGGAAUGGCCCAGGCGGGGGGACCCGUUUGCUUCCACCCUGAGGAGGGUUGUGCUGCCUCGCCCCCGCCGUUCACCUGCGGGGUGGACCGGAGGUCCUGGCUGUCAGGGGGGAGCCCCGAGGCCGGGAGGCACAGCCCCCCGCGCUGCCUGACCCCCAACCUCAAUGCUGGCCGCCUCCACCUUCUGCGCAAGGGCUUGGUCCCUGACGCCCACCGCUGCCCCAUCGGCCUCUACAACAGCACCGGUUCCUUGGCCCGCAAGCCAGCAGAGGCGGCUGCUUUUGGCAACGGGAGCUGCCUGGGUGUGGGGCGCCUGACAGCCCCCUGCACCCCUCGUCGUGGUCCGUCUGCUGCGGCACUCUGCUCCCCGGGCAGCCGCAGCCCGCUGGUUGCCGCGGCCCCGGAGGGGCACAGCUCCGUUGUCACCUUCCGCUUCAUCGAGAAGGCCAGCGUACAGACUCUGGGCAGCCUCCCGCCCCUCCAGCCCCGCUGGGAGAACAGCCCCCACCUCAGCCGCAGCCUGGAGCUUGGCAGGGAUGUGGGGUGCCCUCAGCCCCAACCUCUGCCCCAGGAACGACUCCUGCACACAUUGAAGCUGGAGGCCUCCGCAUCUGACCCACUCCUGGCUGGGGGCAGGAUCCCGCGGGGAACGCAUCCAUGUGGGAAGGAGCCCUGCACUCUUGACACCAACUGCCUCUGCCGCUCCCUCACCAAUGGGCUGCCGGAGGAUUUCCCCGCCUUUGCCAGGAGCCCCCCAAAGCUGGACCCCCGAUCCCAGGGCAGCGCAUGGCUGUACCCCCGGCAGAGCUCAGCUCAUGCCCAGCGCAUCGCAAAGGCCAAGUGGGAAUUCUUCUAUGGCUCCCCAGAUGCUCCAAAGACAGGCUCCUCUGUCCUCGACUCUGCUUCCCUGGCCAAGCCCUCCCAGAAGCCUGCCUGUCCGCUGCCCACCAAGCCACCAGCAUCAGUGCCUGAGCACAGCUUGAGCCAUGUGGAGGUGGAGAUAGAGAUGGCUCCUCCGAGCGGGCAGAAGCCUGGCUCCUGUGAGACGGGGAUUAUAAGGAGGACAGUGAAGUACUCUGAGACAGACCUGGACACCGUGCCACUGAGGUGCUAUCGUGAAACCAACAUUGAUGAUAUCUUGGCUGAGAAAGAGGAGGUGGAUUCAGCAAUUGAGAGCCAGAAGGACAGCGAGAGCAACCCAAGCUUUGGGGGCACCCCAGGCAGGAGGAACAGCACAACAGAGGAGACCCCUGCCCGGGGCACCAGCUGCCCAAAGGAUGGGCUGCGGGAUGGGCACACGGAUGAGGAUGAUGAGGUGUUUGAGGCGACGAGGAACAAGAACAGGGAAAGGAGUAUGGACCAAGACACACAGGGUAUGCUUAAGUCUCCAGUGCCCUUCCUUCUAGGGCACAGCCUCUCCAAGGAUGGCAUGGACUCUUUCAGCAAGCAUUUUGAGAGCAUCAUGGAGUCCCAUCGAGCCAAAGGCACAUCUUACACCAGCUUGGAUUCCAUUGACAUCCUCUCUUCCCCAGCCCACACCCAUGGGACUUUUUUCACUUUUGACCUCCCAACGCUCACCCCAGAAAUACAGGGACAGAUCCGAGACAGUGCCAAGCUGAUCAAGGAGAACUUUGCUCCUCUGGCUCACUUGGAGCUGGACUCUGGGACUAGUUCAACCACAGAUGCCCCCUGGACGGAGAGGGAAGAGGAGCAGGGGAGACGAAGGAAGGGUGCUCAGCACAAGCCUUGCUGCUCAGAGGACAGCUUUGGUACACCCUUGGCCUCCAACAUGAGCGAUCGCCCCCUAAGCCAGCUGGACUCGGACUCGGAGAUGGACAGCAUGGAGCAGCUGGCCCUGGGCAGCACGGACACCCUCUCCAAUGGGCACAAGGCUGACCUGGAGGCCGCCAAACGCCUGGCCAAGAGGCUAUAUAACCUGGAUGGCUUUAAAAAAGCUGAUGUGGCCCGCCACUUGGGGAAGAACAACGAGUUCAGCAGAAUGGUAGCAGGGGAAUAUCUGAAGUUCUUCGUGUUCACAGGGAUGAGCCUGGACCAGGCUCUAAGGUCCUUUCUAAAGGAGCUGGCAUUGAUGGGAGAGACACAAGAGCGAGAGCGAGUGCUGGCUCAUUUUUCCCAGCGUUAUUAUGAGUGUAAUCCCAACGCCAUCUCUUCAGAAGACGGAGCCCACACCCUCACCUGUGCCCUGAUGCUGCUAAACACAGAUCUGCAUGGACAUAACAUUGGGAAGAGAAUGUCCUGCUCUGACUUCAUUUGCAACUUGGAGGGUCUCAACGGAGGCACCGACUUCCCCAAGGAGCUGCUCAAGACGCUGUAUGGCUCCAUCAAGAAUGAGAAGCUACAGUGGGCCAUCAGAGAUGAGGAGGAGCUGAGAAAGUCCCUCUCCGAGCUGGCAGACCCCAACCCUAAGUCCAUCAAGCGCAUCAGCUGCAGUAACCCUUUUCUGGACUUCUCCCAAGACUCCAGCAUUGCCACCUACAAGCAUGGACUGUUAGUGCGCAAGAUCCACGCUGAUUCCGACUGCAAGAAAACACCCCGAGGGAAGCGUGGCUGGAAGCCCUUCCAUGCCAUCUUGAAAGGGAUGAUUCUCUACCUGCAGAAGGAGGAGUAUAAGCCAGGGAAGGCACUGGCAGAAGAGGAACUGAAGAAUGCUAUUAGUAUCCACCAUUCACUUGCCACACGGGCGUCUGACUACAGCAAGCGACCCAAUGUCUUCUACCUCAGGACAGCUGACUGGAGAGUCUUCCUCUUCCAAGCACAGAACCCUGAACAGAUGCACUCAUGGAUCACGCGCAUCAAUGUGGUGGCAGCCAUGUUCUCCGCGCCCCCUUUCCCUGCAGCCAUCGGCUCCCAGAAGAAGUUCAGCCGCCCACUGCUGCCCAGCUCCUGCACCAGGCUGUCCCAGGAGGAGCAGGUGAAAAGCCACGAGACCAAGUUCAAGAGUAUGUCAGCAGAGCUGCUUGAGCAUCGCUCCUCACUGCCCGAGAAGAAGGUGAAGGGGAAGGAGUACGAAGAGCUGAAGCAGAAGGAAGAGUACCUGGAGUUUGAGAAAUCCCGUUAUGGUACCUACGCCAUGUUGCUGCGGGCCAAGCUGAAGGCAGGCUCCGAGGACCUGGCAGCGUUUGAGUCCACCCUCUUUGACGCAGCGGGUGGGGAGGACGAUGGUCUGAAAAAAUCCCGUUCCAGCCCCUCGCUCAACGCAGAGCCCUCCAGCAUCGGCACCAAGGUGAAGCGCAACAUCUCGGAGCGCACCAGCCGCCAGCCCCCAGGCCACCCCCAGAAGUCAUAAGCAAGGAGCAUCAGCCACCCAUGCUGCAGCUCAGUUCCUGCUCCUCUGGCGCUGGGAUGGGGGCUACGUGCCUGCCAAGAUCCUGCAUGAGUAUGUCCAUCUGCGGCAUGAACUAGGGGGGUGUCAGCCCAUCCCUGGCCACCAGCACUAGCCAGGCAGGGCUGCAGCCUCUCAGCUGGAAAUAGAGGCAGAGCAGGAUAGUCCCUGGUCCUUGCCUAUGGGAGCUGCCAGCACCAUCAGACUUGUUCAUGCCCCUCCUUGUCCUGCGUUUGGCUGCAGGACCCACUCCCCCUGCCCUGCGGAGGGGGAAGAACCGAAACCCACCCAUUGGGCUCAGUUCUUCAGUGGCUAAAAAAAAAAAAAAAAAAAAAAAAAGACAAAAAACCACCAGCCCUGCAGUAAAACAAAGCCAGCGGCUGCUUCUUCAGCUCCUCAGCUCCGUUGUGCUGUGGGGGCAGACACAAGGGGGCCAGUCCUGGCCUCUCCCCUCUCCUGGGGCUGGUGGCCAGGGGAGUCAGGGUGAUGCACUUGGGCCCCUCCCUGUCCCGCACCCUCCCUGCUUUCUUACAACUUUUGAAUGGUUUUUGUGAUACAGUUUUGCACUUUUUAGUACCGGAUCAAGCUGACCACCAGGGAGGUUUUUUUGAGGGGGCUACUUUUGAUGCUUUUUUGGAACUGUUUAAAAAACAAACAAAACAACAAACCCAGCCAUGUCCUGUAGGCAGCACUGCCUCUGUGGGGAGGUUUUUAUAUGCUCGGGGGAGACACCGCUCCACCUCUCCCCGCCCUGCAGCAAGCUGAGCAUGGGCUCCUGUGUGUGCUCCUGCCUGCUCCCCAGCCCUGCUCUGACACCAGCAACCCUUUGGGGAGAGACAGACAGAGACAGCCCUGCGGCCACCGGCAUUGAGGAGGCAGCCUUGGGAUGGCAGUGCCCGUGGCUUUACUUGUGGCUGUGCCGUUGGGUGGACUGAUGUGCCAGUGCUUUAUGACCCCUUCCGGCAGCCUGGACCAGCCCUGUUCGUACUCGCUGGGUGUGAGAGCAUGGUACCCGGGGCAUGUUGGGCAGCAGCAUGGAUGUACUCCCAGUGGGAAGUUGACGCCUGAAAUCAGGGUUGAGCUGGGGCUCCCUACUGCUCCACAGGGCUGGCACAGGCCAAAGCCAGCUUUCUUUCCCAUGCCGCUUCUUUAACAUAUGGCUGGGGCCUUGGAGGCUGCCAGCAAAGCCCAGUCUGCAGUAAUGCAAGGUCCUCAUGCUGCAGCAGCAGUGGUGCCACCCCUUUCCCAGCCAUUAGCUCCCUCCUUGCCAAGGUGAGGGCAGGCUGGGGCAGCCCCCACCAUCCCAGGGUGGGCUGGAGGUUGCUUAUCUGGAGCAAGGUGCUGGUGGCGGAGCGUGGCCACAGGAAUGCCCAGGGUGUACAGGGAGGGGGCUGGGGACAACAGAAGGGCUGCAGAUGGAGGCUGUCACACAUGCUUUUCUCGGCUGUCUGGGACCUGGGCUGGUUUCAGCACUGACUUUGCGAAUGUGUCAAACUUUUUAUUCUGCUCUUUUGAGUCUAUUGCAAAAAAAAACAAAAAAAAAAAAACCAAACAAAAAAAAAAAUCCA